AUGCCCGAUGGUGUUGAUAAGCGCUUCAGUCGAUAUAUCAGUGGUAAUACCUCUGAAUAUCGAAUUAAUGGCACUCCUGUAAAAGUGGAGGAGUAUGCCGAUGCUCUCGAGAAAAUUCACAUUUUUAUGAAGGUUAAAAAUUUCCUAAUCUUCCAAGGAGCCGUCGAGAGCAUUGCUAUGAAGAACGCCCGUGAGCGUUGUCAAAUGUUUGAAGAAAUCAGUCGGUCAGCUGAGUACAAGGAAGAAUAUGACAGGUCAAAGGCUGAAAUGCAGAAGCUAGAAGAAGAAGCCACAUUCAAUCUUAAUAAAAAGAAGAAUAUUGUUGCAGAGCGUAAAGAGGCUCGUAUAGAAAUCGAUGAGGCAGAGAAAUACAAGAAGUUGCAUCAUAAAUGGCUCUCUAAACGGACAGAGUUGCAACUCUUCCGGCUAUAUUAUAACGAUGUAGAUAUCAAACGCAUACGGGAGGAUUUACAGCAGCGAGAAGAGAUAAUUGAGCAGGAGAAUGCUCAAAGACAGCAAAUAGAGGAAGAGAUUCGUGAUAAGCGUCGAGAAUUGGGUAAACUUCAUCGUGAUCAGGCAGGCUUAGAACAAGAAAUUAAGAAAUGUGAUCAGAAGGUUUCCAAACGCAAACCGGAGUAUAUCAAAGUAUCACAGAUGCUGCGUCAUGUUAGUGACAAGCAUAAAGAAUCAAAGAAGGCUUUGGAAAAUGCUCGUCAACAACACAGCAGCCAUCGUCAGGAAAUGGAUCAGCUGGAGGCUGAGUAUUCUCGAAUCCUAGCCCUAAAGGAAGAUUAUGAGCAUCAACAGAACAAAAAGAGUAAGGAACAAGGUCGGUCCCUCGAACUGGAGGAUUCACAAUUGGCUGAGUAUCAUAGGCUGAAGCAGAAGGUGGCUGAGCACACCUCAGAUCUCUCAGCCCAACUCGAUGCAUUGAGGAGGGAAUAUGAUGAGCAAAAAGACCUUUUCGAUGGCCUUGAGAGAAGAAAGGAAGAAAUCGGAAAUUCUCUGCGUCUGAAGCAAACCGAACUUAGUGACAACCAAAGACGUCUCCAGAGGCUUGUUGAGUUCAUUGAAACUAGUCACCGCUCUAUAACGGAGCUAUCGGAGGCCGAGAAGACAAUUAGAGAGGAGGUUGAAAGCGCAACUAAGCGAAUGGAUGAAAUCAACGCGGAGUUGGAGACUGUGAUUUGCCAGUUGGGCGAGGCCAAGGUAGAACGCCACGAAUCCUCUCGAGCAGUUAAAAAGCAGGAAUUAAUUGAGAACUUGAAGCGACUUUUCCCUGGCGUGCAUGGUCGUUUGCUGGAGAUGUGCGAACCAUCGCACAAGCGUUAUCAGAUUGCCAUCACUAAGGUGCUUGGCAAACAUAUGGAUAGUAUCGUAUGUGACAGUGAGAAAACGGCGAAAGAUUGCAUUCAGUAUAUGAAAGAUCAACGAAUUGAACCGGAAACAUUUCUCCCUCUGGACUUCCUUGACGUCAAGCCCGUCGAUGAAAAACUGCGUGAAAUAAGUGAUCCUCCGAACGUCCACUUAGUGAUUGACGUUAUCAAUUGCGAUCCCGUAAUCGCAAAGAAGGCACUUCAGUUCGCUUGUGGCAACGCUCUUGUCUGUGACACUGUCGAGCAUGCUCGUUACGUCGCUUACAAUAUGGGUGAUCGUAAAAAGGUCAUUAAACCCGAUUUAAAGGCAAGGGCUAAACGUUGGGAUGAAAAGCAAAUAAGUUCCUUGAUGGCUCGUCGCGACGCGCUGCAAGUCGAAUUGAAGGAGCAGUUGAAGCGGAAACGCAAAGAGGCCGAGCUCAGAACCCUGCAGUCGCAGAUCAAUGGUCUUGAAAAAAGGCUCAAGUACACCCAAAAGGAUAAGGAGGGCACUGAAGAAAAAAUCCUUAUUGGAAACGAAGAGGAGGUGAAUAAUUUGAAAGCCAAUCUGGAAGAGGUCAACGAACGACUCAGUAUGUGCCAGACGAAGAUGCAAGAACUUCAGAUAUCUAUUAAUGCUGAAAAGGCAAAGAUGGACAAUAUUGAGGACACCGUGUUGCAUGAUUUUUGUGUUAGUAUCGGUGUGGAGAAUAUCCGUGAAUAUGAAGAUCGAGAGUUACGUAUUGCUCGUGAACGCGACCGGAAACGCAUGGAGUUUACCAAUCAACUUCAACGUAUCAACAAUCAGCUAGAGUAUGAAAAGUCUCGUGAUACUCAAGCCGCGGUGCGUCGUUGGGAGGAAGCGGUGGUAAGCGAGCGCCAGGAGAUGGAGCGUUGUAAGAAGCAGGAGAAGCGCCUAAAGGAGGAGAUGGAGGCGGAAGAAAUCCAUAAAGGAAAUCUUGAGUUUCAAUUAAGCGAGUAUCAACGUAAAUGUGAGCGUCUAGACGGUGAGUUAGCGGAGCUCAGUCGACGUCUGGUUUCACGCAAGCGGGAAAUCCAAAAGCUGCAGAAGGAGACAAGUCAGAUUGAGGCGCGGUUGGAGGCAAAACGCUCUGAGCGUCACUCAUUGCUUCAAUCGGCCAAGAUGGAAGACCUGCAGCUGCCUUUGAAACCGGGCGCAAGCUCAAUGCCGGAGUUGGAAAGUCAGUUGUCCGCCGAAAGUGAAGGCGCAGAUCUUAACUCAGAGGAGAUGAUGCGACUGUAUGUCAUGGAGGCUCGUCUUCCCCUAGACUAUAAACAACUGGAGAAACCUCUUCGCAUGAUAGCUGACGACAAAGAAGUUAGUCGAAAGGCGGACGAAAUGCAGGCAGAGGUGGAUCGGAUGCAGAGCGAGCUAUCGCGAUUUCAGGCACCGAACCUUAAGGCGGGCGCAAAACUGGGUAAUGUAGAGCAGCGACUUCGAUCUACCGAAGCGGAGUUCGAGGAGACGCGGCGGAAGGCAAAGAAGGCCCGUGCCCAAUUCGAAAGAAUUCGCCGCCUCCGAUGCAAUGCUUUCAUGAAGUGCUUUCUUUCCAUUGCCGACAACAUUGAUCCUCUGUACAAAUCUCUUUCUCGCAAUCCCGGAGCACAGGCAAGUCUGCUGCCCACAAAUGCGGAGGAGCCCUACUUGGAAGAAUUGCAGUUUCAAUGUGUAGCGCCGGGAAAAAGGUUUCAACAGAUGGACUCUCUUUCUGGUGGUGAAAAGACUAUUGCCGCCCUAGCUCUCUCCUUCGCGAUGCAUCAGUACAAUCCCUCACCCUUCUUCGUUCUCGAUGAAAUCGAUGCCGCUUUGGAUAACACUAAUAUUGGAAAGGUGGCCUCUUUCAUCCGAGAGUACUCGCGCACCCGUGCGCAAGUCAUCGUCAUCUCAUUGAAGGAGGAAUUCUACUCACGAGCAGAUUCUCUUGUCGGAAUCUAUCCUGAUACGGUGUCCAAAGUAUGUAAAGAAAUCGAGCAUUGCCUCCAACGGUGCAAGAACCUCUUAACUCACCUCGAAACUGAAAAUCUCGUCCUCACCUCUGCGUGCACCACUCUGACCGCCGAACUGAGCGUCUCCGGAGACACCAUCCUCGAUGCAACUAUCAAAAUCGCACGAUUCUCGGGUCAGAACUUCGCAGUUUACAUCCACGAGGGCUACGGAAUGCCAUUAAAAUUGCAGCAAAUCCAAGACUGCUGGAAUAACAUCUGCUGUGCCCUCUCGGUCUGCAACGAAGCAUCUUUUCGCACAUUGUGGGCAUUUUUGCAAGGUGCCCUCAACUCUCUGCUCAAUCCUUCCUUAAAUAAGGCUGUGCCUGGGUUCGAAAAAUCGAACCCCCGUAUGUGUUUUUACCCUCCCCAACCACCUGAAAAUUCUAUCCAAAUGUUCUUGGAUGGAGCAGAACUUGUUUUGUGCGUAAAUUUUUAUUCCCACGACAAGUUUGCCUAUACCGGGGGGUGGAUUCGUCAAUUUCGAGCAACCUGCACUAUCGCGCGUCUACAAGAGGUUCUCCGCUUGCUUAGCGAGGCGAUCAACACCGUCGAGUUUUGCGUGGACAUGGCACCUCCAUAG